ACAUUUUCCGUGCACGACUUCUGACGCGCGGAGCACGUGCAUUUAAACACCGCGACGUUAAAGUUGGAAGUUAAGUCGCGACUUUUUUUUUGUUUCCGUAUUUCUUUUAAUCUACUUUUACGGACGUGCUUCGAGGGAUAGGAUAGAAGGAAGUGUUUUACUGGGGCCAUAGCUAUUGCUACGUGUUGUGAUAUAAAAAGUUUUAGUUACGUUGUGGUUCCAUUUUUCUCAUAAAUAAGUUAUUAGAAAAAAAGGAAUAUUAAUUAUGAUAUCUUCAUACAUAACAGACUUUUCGUUUCGAGAUGUCGCUCUUUACAAGUGACUGUAAACGGAUUCGAAUCAACAACUUUUAUGUGAAUGAGAUCUGUAUAAAUUGGACAAUAAAUUUGAAUACUAAAAUAGUGGUUUUGUAAUAUAUUUAUAACGUAGAAUGUCUAUGUACUUCUUCCGGCUGCACAAUCUGCGCAGGGCCGCCGAAGAGGACAAAAAGAAAAAAUUACACCAACAGAAACAGAAACAACGUCGCACUACCAAUCGUCGAAGUCAUCGUUACACUGGCAACUCUGCAUUGACUCUAGCUCCCAGUCGAUUAUUCGAAAGAACGCCAUUGACUCCGAGCGAUAGUUUGGAUGAAGUAGCCUUGCAGAUUCCCAGGGUCCGCGUUGAAUACUACGUCAAUGAAAAUACUUUUAAGGAACGACUGCAACUAUAUUUUAUCAAAAAUCAAAGAUCUAGUCUUAGAAUAAGAAUCGCCAACCUAUUCUUUAAGCUACUUACAUGUAUUCUAUAUAUAAUACGUGUGAUUAUAGACGACGAUCCUAUGAACGCAAAAUGUUAUGGUUGUCGGAUACGAAACAAAACCGAAUUCAUGAUAUCGGCCAAUUUAACAGAAGAAAAAUUUCAAGAAAAUCCAAUAAUAAAUUGGGACGCGAUUCUGUGGGUGAACCGCCCCCUCGAGCUUUACGUCGUUCAGGUUAUUUUGGCCAUAAUCAGUCUAUCAGAAGCUUUACUAUUGGCCUAUCUAGGAUAUAAGGGUAAUAUUUGGCAGCAGCUGAUGUCUUUCCAUUUCAUCUUAGAAAUUGUGAAUACCAUUCCUUUUACGUUAACACUUUUCUACCCGCCAUUAAGAAACUUAUUCAUACCAGUGUUUUUGAAUUGUUGGCUAGCCAAGCACGCUCUGGAAAAUAUGUUUAACGAUCUCCAUAGAGCUAUGCAGAAAUCUCAGUCGGCUCUAUCCCAACAGCUGACGAUACUUUCCGCGACCCUCAUCUGUCUAGUAUUCACCAGCGUAUGUGGGAUCCAACAUUGUCAACGAGCCGGUCAUAGGCAUCUGAACCUCUUCCAAGCCACUUAUUAUGUCGUCGUAACGUUCUCGACAGUUGGAUACGGGGAUUUUGUACCUGACAUCUGGCCCUCUCAGCUUUGGAUGGUCAUUAUGAUAUGCGUCGCCCUAAUCGUCCUUCCCACACAGUUCGAGCAAUUGGCGUUUACUUGGAUGGAACGUCAAAAAUUGGGUGGUUCGUAUUCCUCACAUCGAGCACAAUCAGAAAAACACGUUGUUGUUUGUAGUACAACGUUACACGCAGACACGAUAAUGGAUUUUUUGAACGAAUUUUAUGCUCAUCCACUUUUACAAGACUAUUACGUUGUUCUUUUGUCUCCGAUGGAACUCGAUACGACCAUGAGAAUGAUAUUGCAGGUACCUAUUUGGGCACAAAGGGUUAUAUACAUCCAAGGAUCUUGUCUUAAGGAUACGGAUUUGGCAAGAGCACGUAUGAAUGAAGCAGAGGCGUGUUUCAUUUUAGCCGCUAGGAAUUACGCCGAUAAAACAGCUGCGGAUGAGCACACGAUUUUACGAUCGUGGGCAGUGAAAGACUUCGCUCCAAAUGUCGCCCAAUACGUUCAAAUUUUCCGACCCGAGAAUAAACUCCAUGUAAAGUUCGCAGAAUUCGUCGUCUGCGAAGAUGAAUUUAAAUAUGCGUUACUCGCUAAUAACUGCACCUGUCCCGGUGCUUCUACAUUGGUCACAUUGCUACUUCAUACUUCAAGGGGCCAAGAAGGUCAACAAUCUCAAGAGGAAUGGCAUCGUUUAUACGGACGAUGUUCCGGCAACGAAAUCUAUCACAUCAAAUUAGAGGAUAGUCGAUUCUUUGGAGAAUACGAAGGAAAAAGUUUUACUUACGCUAGUUUUCAUUCGCAUAGGAAAUAUGGCGUUGCUUUAGUGGGGGUUCGACCAGCACAACUUCCUGAAUUCUACGAAGAUACAAUCCUCCUCAAUCCCGGACCACGACAUAUUAUGAAAAAAGACGAUACUUGCUAUUACAUGAGCAUCACCAAAGAAGAGAAUUCUUCUUUCAGCGUCGCCAAUCAACAACCUACAUCCGGCGAAACAACCGCAUUACCUUCGAAAGAGGAGGACAAGACCAAUACAGUACCACCGGCUGCACCCAAAGACGGUACCACUCCUCCUCAACUCAUUCUGCAAGUCCCCACAUGUGUCACCACGUUUCCUGACAAUACAGUGACGAGUGACUCCCGACAAUGCCUUAAGGAAUCCUCACCAGGAUCUAUUACAUUCGACGUCUCCAUAACAGGUAACCAUCUAGAUAUUCCUAGAAGCGGUGGUGAAAAUCCUAACCUCCUAAGCCCCGAGAUGAUUAACCAGCGUCGAAAUUCUCGUAGACCCAGUAUUCUCCCUGUACCUGAUAUGUUCACCAGUAGUACUUUAAAUAUUGCUCAGGACGCCACUGACGAAGCUGACGAAAGCGAAGACGAACUCGAAGACGAUGUGCCUUGGAGAUCACCGAGUGAGAAAAUAGCCAUCGUAAAAGGCUUCCCACCGGUCUCCCCUUACAUCGGAGUGAGCCCGACGUUGUGUUAUCUCUUAAAAGAAAAGAAGCCGCUCUGUUGCCUUCAACUAGCCCAAGUUUGCGAGCAUUGCAGUUAUCGAAACGCAAGAGAUUAUCAAUGGCAGAACAAAACUAUCAUUUUGGCAGCCGAUUACGCUUCCAACGGUAUAUAUAACUUCAUAAUACCAUUGAGGGCGCACUUUAGAUCCAAAACGUCGCUCAAUCCGAUAAUUCUUUUGUUGGAACGCAGACCGGAUGUAGCGUUCUUAGAUGCUGUGUCAUAUUUUCCGUUAGUAUAUUGGAUGCUGGGAUCCAUCGAUUGUUUAGACGAUCUACUUAGAGCUGGAAUAACUCUUGCCGAAAACGUAGUGGUUGUAAAUAAGGAAUUGUCGAAUUCUGCAGAAGAGGAUUCUUUAUCAGAUUGCAAUACUAUUGUAGCAGUACAAACAAUGUUCAAAUUCUUUCCCAGCAUCAAAAGUAUAACUGAACUAUCUCAAUCGUCAAAUAUGAGAUUUAUGCAAUUUAGAGCUCACGAUAAAUAUGCUCUACAUCUUUCAAAAAUGGAAAAAAGGGAAAAAGAGAGAGGCUCCCAUAUUUCUUAUAUGUUUCGACUGCCUUUCGCAGCUGGCAGCGUCUUCAGUGCAAGCAUGCUGGAUACAUUAUUAUAUCAAGCAUUUGUUAAGGACUACGUCAUCACAUUUGUACGGCUUCUACUUGGUGUCGAUCAAGCUCCAGGAUCAGGAUUCCUCACAUCGAUGCGAAUAUCAAAAGAUGACAUGUGGAUUCGCACGUACGGUCGUCUUUAUCAAAAACUCUGUUCGACUAGCUGCGAAAUUCCCAUAGGUAUCUACAGGACUCAAGAUACCUCGAUUUCGGAUUCUUCUCAUAUUGACGAGGAUCUAGGACCGGAAAGAGUAGGUGUCACUUAUCGACCCAAGGAAGGAACGAACUGUCUCGGAUGUACUAAUAGACGGACAUCGUUGUAUUCAGUUAAUGGUAACGAUGAAGCGAAAGAUAAUCAUGAUCAGCAAAUAGAAAGAGCCGAAAUAGCUAAUCUUGUAAGAUCGAGAAUGGAAAGUUUGAAUUUACCAACUAUCGACUACAACGACGUAAGCGAGAAAAGAAACAGCCUUUCUUAUGUCAUUAUAAAUCCCAGCUGCGACCUCAAGUUAGAAGAAGGAGAUAUAAUAUACCUAGUACGACCAAGUCCGUUUUCGGCUCAAAAAACCUUCGAAAGACACAACAGCCGACGAAAAUCGAACAUCAGUUUCUGUUCCCAAUCGCUUCUCGCACAAAUGGCGAACAGUUCGCAAGCCGGAAGUCGGAGAGGUUCAGGUUUGGGUCUUAGCGGGUAUCAAUCGCCACGACCUCCACCUCUGGCUACCACAAAAUCAAAUUCAUUAUCUUUGCCCGAUAGUCCGACUGUAGCGGGAUAUCAAAGAGGUCGAUCGAAUAGUUUGCGUGUAAUUGACGAUAUUUUACUGCGUAGAUCGAAUUCUCUGAGACAAGGACUACCAAAUAUCGGAAAUUCUCGUAGAAAAAGUAGUUUAGAAGACAUAGGCUUGAGUCAUUUCAGUACGAAUUAUUCCAAUACUAUAAAGAUCGCAUUAAACGGCAGUAUUGGAUUGGAAGUGACGCCUCCAGAAGAAAACAGUCCGCCAGUAAUAAGCAGUAAUACGGCGCUAAUAAUGAAUCCGAAUAUGCCACCUCCUAUACCAUCGGUACUCACUGGCAGUACGUUAAGUCUAUCCCAAAGCGGUCUACCAGGCUCAACACCUCUUAAUAUGGGUUUCGGAGGUAUGGGUUCAUCGGCUUACGGAGAUGUAGGAGCUACUCAACAAGCUGCUUUACCUCCUACCCCCGUUACGGAUCCACAACACCUUCAAGGGACAAUAGUAUGAUAUAACCUCAUGUGGGGGAGGAGAAUGGGCAGCUUGAGAAAUAAGUGGCUCUAAAUCUUCUCGCUUCCACAGUAGGAACUCUGCGACUAUAUAGAGUGUAGUGAAAGGCGCGGAGAUAAAUUUUCAUUGUGAUGGCAGCUCUGAAUGUAGAAAAUGAGAUGUUCGCAGAUUCAUGCUUUUUUGAAGGAAUUUCUAUAAUAAAUAGACGAUUAGAGCAAUUUUUAACAAGGAGUUUAAAAUGUAAUUUAUCGAAAAUUUUUAAUUAGUCAAUUCCUUGCUUUUUGUUCCCCCGGAAGAAUAAUUCUGACCACCAAAAGUCAAAUGGGAAAAUUUUCAAUUUUUAAAAAAUAGAUUCCAUUCCAGGCAUGCAGAAAAAACUCUACUAUGAUUUUUCUAGCAGUUAAUAAUCGAUUUCGGUUCAUUGAAUAGAAUAAAAAUAAUUUUUGAUUCUUAUAAAACAAUAAAAAUUGUUUUCAAUCCCUGUUAAAAAAUUUUUCAAUUCAUUUUGAGUCAUUGAAAACAGCUAAGGGAAGAUAGAAUCGUGAAAGAUCAGUUUCUCUCAUAAUUUGUUCUAAAUUAUAUAAAAUGAACAUUGAAGAGAGCAAAAUAAGCGAGAAUUCAAAUUAGAUAAAAUCAUCAUCUUUGGUCGUGAUAUCAAAUAAUACGUCCUGGAUUUACCUAAAUCCAAACAGGAUGUUGGUUGUGUUUAGAAGAAAACUCCUGUUCAUUUUUGUGUUCUUGAAGAGUUUUUAGAUUCUGAUUAUUGUUCUGACAUUAAUAAUCACCUACGACGAUGCCUAAAAGUAGUUUUGUGAAAGCACCGUUUACUUUGUCUGCAUUACCACAAGUUUCAAUUUUUGAAGAACGGGGUUAAGAAUUUUUUAAUGCUAACUUGUUAAAAAUUGUUCAGUUUGCUUAUUAAUAACAAUAAUAAUAUAUAAAAGAUCUAUCUAUAUAUCUAUAAACAAAACUUACUUACAUCUCAUUUCUUCAAUAGGUUUUUCCCCACAAUA